AUGCCGACGGUCCAGCUACGGAAGAAUGCGACGAUCGCAACGGUCAGAUUCGGUGGAAACGAGCCGACGAACACGAUCGGGAUCACAACAGUCAUUACCCCGAUUGGAGAAGUCGUUUUCCACGUUAUCAAUAUGUCAACGCCCUUCUUGCUAUGCCUCAAGGAUAUGGACCGUCUCGGUGCCUAUCUCAACAACGUCACGAACGAAUUGAUCUGCGGCGAUAAGAGGAUUCCGAUCAUCAAGGCAGACGCACCGCGCAGGUUCAAAUUCACGUUAAAGGAUAACUGCGAUUUCAACUACGAAUUGAUCGUCGAUGUAAUGCAUCUUGACAGCCGAGACGUGGAAGCACUCAAAUUGUGUUGGAUUGACACAUACCUAGGCCCUCCAGAUGUUAUCACGCACGACGCUGCUGAGUCGUUGCUUCAAAUGGCCUUCAAAUCCGUCAAUGAUACCGCCGGACCUGACGGUCUAGUGCCCACACUACUAGUCUUUGAGGUCACAGUUGAGCUAGACAACGGGCCAGCUAAAUUUCGCAGCACGGCUGUCCAGCCCUACUUUCGCCACCCGGAUUCGCAGCAGCAACGAAGUCACAAUGUUCUACAGCAGCCACACGCUGACAAUCAGACUGCUGACAAUCAGGCUGAUAGCAUCAACGUUGAGACCGAAGUGCCUAAGCCAUUCGAAUAUCCCGAGCCGGAGAGACCACGCAGACGCGGCAGACCAAGAAAAGUCCCUCGAGAUCAGCAGCAAUACGAUACCUUCGAGUGCGCCGCCCUCGACCUUGCCGUAAAGUUACGUGCAGAGAAGAAAAUCACUACCGCCGGACGACCGUUUGAAGCCUCUGAUGACCUCGAAAUCACGAACCUGCUAGGCGCAGGCGUCAUCGUGCCCGAACGAUACGAUAUGAAUAAGCAUGGAAAACACAGGCUAUUCAAGUCACGAAUGGUCCGGGAGGUCAAAGGAUAUGGUGACGACGAGAAGCAGAUCAACGUCACGACCGCAGAGACCAACGCGGAUACCGCACUUCAGGUUAAUGCCUUCGGCGUUGCCGCGCUUCAGACUGAUGAUACGUUAUUGGUAGGCACAACAACAUUCCUGCAACGUGAAGACCGCGAGCUAUGCUUCCAAGCCAAGCCAAAGAAGACCCUACGAGAAGGCGAUACCUGUGAUUUCAACGGCAGCCUCAUUGCUCUAGAGAAGGGCUAUCUUCUAGUCAUGCAGAAAGGUCAGGUCAACAACCUCAAAAUUAUCGAUCUAUCCACGGAAGAUCGGGCCCAACGAUACGUGGAACAACGUGCCCAUCCAACCGCGGAGGAUUUUCAGGCGUUGAAUAAACGGAUCCAAUGGCAGAUCGACAAUCCACAAAGAGGCCUUCGAUUCGUCCCAAUAGGUCUAGAAGCAGCAAAGGUCUUCGUCUUCACAGACGGAUCAUUCGCCAACAACAAGGACUUAAGCUCUCAGAUCAGAUUCGUUAUAAUCAUUGCAACCGAGACUAACUCGACGAAGUAUUCGUACAGCCUGUACGAGUGCCUAGUGAAGCUUGGCACCACCACGGAGAAACGUCUGAUGAUCGAUAUCAUGGCGUUGAGACAGGCCUACGAACAACGCGAAAUCACCAACAUCCGCUGGAUCAACGGAGCGGAUAACCCGGCCGAUGCAAUGACGAAGCUAUCUCCAAACGGGGCCUUAACCCGAUUCGUUAACGACAACGAGAUCACGAUCCGGCUCGAAGGCUGGGUUCAAAGGAAGGAAGAUAUGACCGCAUGA